CUGUCAUUUUACGCAGAGAGCAGAGACUUGGAUAGCUCCCUUACGCCCAGCUCGGAAUUAACGCGUACGCUCCUCAUCAUGGCUGCCACGGAUGUAGACGUAUUUUCCAAUGAAGAAAAGCGGAGCCUCAGUCUGGGUGGCCAUGUUGGCUUCGACAGUCUACCUGAUCAGCUGGUCAGCAAAUCAGUGACACAGGGCUUCUGCUUCAACAUCCUGUGCGUGGGGGAGACGGGCAUCGGCAAAUCCACGCUUAUGAACACGCUUUUCAACACAACGUUUGAGAACGAGGAGGCGAGCCACUACCAGAAUGGCGUGUACCUGCGGCCGAGGACGUACGACCUGCAGGAGAGCAACGUCCACCUCAAGUUGACCAUAGUCGACACGGUGGGCUUCGGCGACCAGAUUAACAAAGACGAGAGUUACAAGCCCAUUGUGGAUUACAUCGACACGCAGUUCGAGAACUACCUGCAGGAAGAGCUGAAAAUCAAGCGCUCUCUGUUCAACUACCACGACACGAGAAUCCACAUCUGCCUCUACUUCAUCGCCCCCACGGGCCACUCACUAAAGUCCCUCGAUCUGGUCACAAUGAAGAAACUUGACAGCAAGGUGAACAUCAUCCCCAUUAUUGCAAAAGCUGACACGAUUUCCAAGAGCGAGUUACACAAGUUCAAGAUUAAGAUCAUGAGCGAGCUGGUGAGCAACGGCGUUCAGAUCUACCAGUUCCCCACGGACGAUGAAGCAGUUGCAGAGAUAAACUCUUCGAUGAAUGCUCACCUCCCCUUCGCUGUAGUAGGCAGCGUCGAGGAGGUCAAAGUGGGGAACAAGAUGGUGAGGGCCAGGCAGUAUCCCUGGGGCGUGGUCCAAGUGGAGAAUGAGAGCCACUGUGACUUUGUGAAGCUGCGUGAGAUGCUGAUCCGUAUAAACAUGGAGGACCUGCGGGAGCAGACCCAUGCCCGCCACUACGAGCUCUACAGGCGCUGCAAGCUGGAGGAGAUGGGCUUCAAGGACACAGACCCCGAUAGUCAGCCCUUCAGUCUACAGGAGACCUACGAGGCCAAGAGGAAAGAGUUCCUCACUGACCUGCAGCGUAAAGAGGAGGAGAUGAGGCAGAUGUUUGUCAACAAAGUGAAGGAGACGGAGGCGGAGCUGAAGGAAAAGGAAAGGGAGCUCCACGAGAAGUUUGAGCAGCUGAAGCGCAUGCACCAGGAGGAGAAGCGCAAGGUGGAGGAGAAGCGGCGUGACCUGGAGGAGGAGAUGAACGGCUUCAACCGGAAGAAGCUGGCCGCCGAGACGCUGUCGCUCUCGCAGCCGCUCAAGAAGGACAAGGACAAGAAGAACAGGUCAGAAAAAAACGAGAACCAGUCGGGCGUGAGCUUCUCCAGUUCCAAAGUGAUGAUGGCCAAGGCCAGCGUGGAGCCCUUGAACUGCCAGAGCUGGUGGCAGGCCAUGCAGUGCUGCACCUGCCUGGUCCACAAUGAUGCCUGGAGGCAGGGCUUCUUCUGAGCCGCCACCAGAGCCAGGUGGGGAUGUGUGGAUACCAACAGGGCACGGAACUGUGCAAAAGAAACAAAAGAAAAAGAAUACAUGAAGCUCAGACUGACCAGAGCUGAAACAUGGCCACAGUCAACUCCUCAACCCCUCAGCAACUUGGAGGACAAAAGGUGAUUGGGGCAUGAAACCCUGUUUAAGAUGUUGUAUCCUUUAGAUUCCCUGCAGGAAGAAAAAACAAACAAACAAAAAAAACAAAAAAAAAAACCAAACCCUCCCACAUUUGGCUGUGGUAGCCUGUGAGAAGACAUGGUUGAUGGUUUAUGUCUACGGUCUUGUUUGAUAUGUAGAUCUGCAUCACAUUUGUGUUUCUCUCGUACACAAGAUAUUUUGUUAGCACGCACCUUUUGUAUGUCAUACUACCUGAGAGAAAAAGCCAUGUUGAACAGAAUGGAUGUGUGACGUGUUUACAGAUAAAGUAGUGAGGCGAGAAUAGUGGUAUACUUCAGCUGUAUUUUCUUUCACCACAUUUUCAAACAGAAUGAGCGAUCAAUGAAUAUAUCAUAAGAUAUUUCAUAUUGGCUUCCCUUUCUUUUUUUGUACCAGAAUUUAUUCACAAAAUGUCCAAUAUUUAUUUGAAAAGACUUACGGAAGUUUAUUUUUCUAUGCUAGUACAUAUUUUUUCAUUUCCUUAACCAUGAUUUCAUUUUGCCAAUUACAGCCAUAAGAACAUAGAUAUGUAUUUGUUUCCUUCAAAUAUUUUCCCUGCAUUUUUAAAAUUGUAGGUUAAAACAGAGUUGCCAAGUUCUUUGUAUUCCUUCAAGCAAAUUUCUAGAAAUGUGACUGGCUUCCUAAAGUGUGCCAAAGCAGCAACCUGAUGUGUAUUACGUUAUCCUCUGCAACAAAAAGCUUAAAUGCAAAAUGGCUCCAUUGCAAAUUUUGUUUCUUCAUGACCAGUAAUAAGUACUGAUGAACUCACGUCCUCAGCCAAAUCUAUGCUAAAACAAAAUCAAACACGAGGAGCUUAAUUCACACUUCAUGACGUUUCCCCUGCAU